CCUUACAUGGACGCAUGGACGAAAAGUUGUCCUCUCGGUCAGCGACACCACGGACAGUUUAGCUAAUUAAACAUUACGUGUGCUUCCGACAACAAUCGUCUUUACAACGACUCGACAGCUCUCCGACUUCUUACGAAAGACGGGUCGACACAAAGUCCGCAGAGUUCUAAGCUUAGGCCACGUCAGCUAUAGGACCCCCGUCUCUCAGAGACCACAACACGAGACAACAGCGAUGGACGAAAGAAACAACGCCUCUACGGAAUUUAUAGACAAGUAUGCCAAAAAGCCGAGGAAACGGACAUCCAGCACUAUAGCAGGCCCCAUGUGGUCUAUACUGUCGGGAGUCUUGUCGGCCCUGUCGGCCACGUUGCUACAGCUUGCCGCCGGAGUCCCUCUCUUCCACACGAUCGUGGUCCGGUGCACCGUCCAACUCCUGGCGGCGGUGGUCGUGCUCUGGGCCCGAGGAGGAUCCGACUUCGCCACGGUGAAAAGACGGACUCUACCCUGGUUGGCACUACGUGGUCUGGUGGCUUUUAUAGCAUUCUGUGCCAAUGACUACGCCAGUACUACUUUACCCCUAGGAGAAGCCAUCGCGAUUCGCCAGACGAGCCCCAUCUUCACAGCGUUCCUGGGUUUCCUGUUCUUCCACGAACCCGUCGGUGGCCUCGAAAUCCUGCUGGCGGGCAUGUGCUGGCUGGGAGUAACCCUAAUCUCAAGUUCGCAAGCCGCAGAUUCGCACGAUGACCUUAACCCCGACUUAACGACGAAAACGUUGAAGGUCACGGUAGCGAUCGUGGGGGCCAUGUCAGCCGCUUUGGCUUUCUUAGUGGUUGGUAAGCUCUCAAGGAGGGACAAAGUCUCGACAAACGUCUUGGUUUUCGUCCGAUGUCUUGUGACGACGGUCUUGUCGGUAGGGUCGAACGUGGUGUUCUUUGGCGGAAUGGGUGACGUCAUUAAUAUGACUGGGUUAAACGUCAUCUUGCUGGUGACGUCAGCACUAUGUGAUCUUGGAAGUAACUUCUCCCUGACCAAAGGUUUAUCCAUGUCCAAGGUGGCCUCACACUCCGUCAUCCUCCGGAACUCUAACGUUCUGGUCUCCUUUUUGAUCCAGAUCGUGGUGUUCAGUGAUUUCCCGACCAUGCAGAGUCUGGCAGGCGCCGCCGUCAUAGUUGUAUCCGGUGUCGUCACCGCCGUCAACAGUAGAUGAUGGUAGUCCACUCUUAAGGUGGCAUCUCACUGCACUUGGGGCACCGGUGCGGCACUGCGGGGUUCGUUCACUGCUCUGUUCGUUCGUUCACGAUAUACCCGGCCAAGAGGUGCUAUCGCUAUGAACAUUACUUCAGUGACCAAAGUGGCCCAUAUGGCUUUGCACCGCGA